UGCAGGGUGAUUGCAGGGGCAAGCUCGCGUUCGCUGACGGCAGUCAGGUUACGGGACUAGUGCUCUCUGGAACGACACUUCGGAAACAACCGAGCGACUCUAAAAUAUAUUAGUAAAGAUGGCCCUUGGGAAACUCCUUGUCGUAAUCACUUUCGUCUAUUCACCGUGUGCUGCAAUGGUGUACAGGACUGAUGAUCCAUGUGACUUCACAGACAUCCAACUAGACAGCGAAAUGUUUUCCAAGCUGCUGGCCAAGCUUCCAGAAGGUCUUGAGUACGGCCCACAGAGGUUCCAAUCUCUUUUCCGAGGAAUUGAGGUUGGUGGCAUCACUCUGCAUGGCCUGAGCAAACUCCGUCAGUUCGGACCCCCAAUUCCUUACUGCGCCAAAGGAAAGCGCAUGGUGCAAGUGGACUUCUACAAUGGUGAACCUAUAGAAUUCGCCUCGCCAUGGAAGACUUGCGCAGGCCAAGGACAGUUAGUUCUUCGCACCAUGUUCUUGCGGUUCACAGCACAAUUUACCAUUGUUGAGUCCUCUGGUGAAGGAGUGAAGCUGGAAUUCGAGCGUGCACUUCCUGUUACAACGCAGAACAUCCGCGUUGUUGUAAAAGGUGCUUGGCCUAUUGUGCUCUACACUGUUGAAGCACUGAGUGCACUCAUACCAAGUGUUCUUGAAGAAGCUUGGAACAAGGAAUUUUCGUAUAAUCUUGCCAGGGCCUUCCGUAUGGCCCGUGAGUGAAAUAUGCACAAUAAGAAAUAUCGGUGUCGCCACACCCAAACUCAACCUGAAAACCCAAAAAACACCGUCUUGCAAUCAUGUCACUUUUUUUCUUAUUUCUAGAAACCUAAUAAAAUCACUUAUGUUACUGGAGUA